AUGGACUGUCAAGAUUAUUGGCCAAGGGAAGUCCAUUUUGGAGAUAAUGAUAAAUGGGCAUACAAUCUGAAAAAAAUAAGAGAAGAUAGUUCGUUUACUUCAAUUUAUACACAUCUAUGGGAAAAUGUCCCUCGGAUAUAUGAAGCCAUCGUUAUCAUGGAGUCAAGAUUAAAGGAAUGUUCACUUCUUUUGCAAAACCAUGCCUCUAAAAUAUUUGAGUUGAACAAAAUGGCUUUCAGGACAAGUUCUUAUGGAAAAUUGGAAAGAUACAAGGCACUUAGAAAGAAGUACCAUAAGAAAAAGAAGAUAAUGCUUUCAGAUGAAAUGGAGACAGAGAAGAAUAUAGAGGGUUGCAACUUCUCAGGAUUCAAAUCAAAUGAGCUUACUCAACUACCCAGACAUUUGGAUGCUGAACGAAUUUAUCUUUUUAUUUUAGAAGCCCAUAACUUUGAUAAAAGAGUUUUUAAAAUCUGGAAGAGUCAUUUUCUCUCAGAAGCCUCCAUUGCUCUUUUGCAUGACUCCUUUUGGUGGUGGUUUCUACAUAAAUUUAAGCCUGACAAAGAAAAUCAAGAUUGCUUAUUUGAUAGAAUUUCAGAAAGUUAUGUGACACUUUUCAUGACCAUACCUCUAAGUCGAAAAGAUGCAUUCUUUCAGGUGUAUCCUGAUUGUUUAGCACAAGCUAUCUAUGCAACAUUCCAGGAAGCAUUUCCAGAAUCUAGUAAACUUUUUGAUGAUGAAUUUAAAGAAGAUCUAGGGAAUAACAUUUUCCUUUGGUUGUCAGGUUUAAAACCUCAAAAAGGCUUUGGGGCCCACUGGAAACUGAAAGAACUCUCCACAACAACCAUACAUGGUAGUAAGAAAGUUCCUGCAAAAUCAGUACAAGAAAGGAUUGCAAGCAGUCAAGAACGCAUAACAAAUACUAUAGACUUCGAUAUGACAAAAAUUUUAAAGAACCCCAGAGUGUGUACGAUGUCCACUUCUGAGGAAGAAUCAAGAUUAUUGAGACUGACGACAAAGUCCCAUUUUAGUAGCACUGGUCCAGAAUUUCACCGUGUUCUCUUCAAUUUUGGAGGUCAGAGUCCACUGAUUUUAUACUAUCUUAAGAUGCAUGAGCUAGCUGAUAUUUCCAAAGGCCCUAAACAAAACAAGAUUAAACUCACUGAAAUAUUCCAAGAACCAUCACCUGCUCCAACAUACCGUGAUCUUAUAAAAGAGGCAAAAAGACAAUUUGCAAAAAACCAAAAGGAUUUCAGGAUACUCCAAAGAAAGGCUACUGAGAAACCUUAUGAAGUUAAGAAUGACUUUGAGAAGUUCCUAAAUAACCCGUGUUCUGAAGCUAAAAUUGAGAAAGAAUUUCUGGCAUCGCCAUCACCAUCAUCAUCAUCAUCAUCAAAAACAGAAGACUACAACUUUGAGGAAGAAGACAGCUAA